AUGAUUGGAAUUGGUGUCAUGUCAGAAAUCUCAUUGAAAGUUGGAGUUGUGAAGGAAGGAAAUAGGUUAAGGAAAAAUUCAGAAGAUUAUAUUGAAAAAUGGAUUGAUUUCUCAGUUACAAAAGAUAGGAGUCAUACUAAACUUGCUUAUCAGGAUGCAGAUUCUUGGGGUACUUUUUAUAAUCUUAAUAAUCAAUCAAGCUGUAGCUCAAUCUUGGUUUCUGCUAGUAUGGCAGCGGCUAAUGCUAGUCUUGGUGUCACAAGAUUACUUGAAUUCAAUCAUCAAUUCAUGAACAGAUCUUUGAAUUGUUCACUUACUAAAUGGUCUUCUAUUGCUUCCUGCCCAAAUGGUGAUAAGUCAAUCAUAACCAACCUGAAUGUUAAAUAUGCAAGAAAUAUCAAUUUUAAAAGUUUGAUAGAAGUAUUACCUUUACCUGGAAAAUCAAAACAAUCAUCUAUUACGGUACUUACAUUGAUCAUGAAUUCUGUCAGAGGAUCUCAAAAUAUUGAUACUAAUACAUUUGGUGCUGGAUUGAAAUUGAUUUAUGGUACAAUUGAUCAAAAGAUUAUGGGUAGUGAAAAGUUUGAUUCUUGA